AUGGGCUCCCUUCGUAGUGGACAGUUUGUCGGAGCACUCGACUGUGGCACAACCUCGACUCGCUUCAUCAUCUUUGACGAGCACGCCGCGAUUGUAGCUCAGCACCAGGUCGAGUUUACUCAAUAUUAUCCUCAUCCGGGGCACCAUGAACCGGAAGAGAUUAUUGGGACUGUACGGACCUGCAUCUCAGAGGCGGUCAAGAACCUGGAAAAGGAGGGAUGGGCUCGUGAUAGUGUCAAAACCAUCGGCAUCACGAACCAGAGAGAGACAUGUGUCGCAUGGGACCGCAAGACCGGCAAAUCCCUCUGUAGAGCCAUCGUGUGGGACGACGCUCGCACAAAGGGUACGGUUGCACACUAUCUCGACAAGCUCUCAACCGAUGGUAUCAAACUUCCGAAUGGACAAAUCCUCAAAGGAAAGGACGGUCACGAAUAUAUUAAGAAGACAACUGGAUUGCCUAUUUCUACAUAUUUCAGCGCAAUUAAACUCAAAUGGAUGAUGCAUCAUUACCCACAGGUCGUCGAGGCUCACGAAAAGGACCAACUGGCGUUUGGCACCGUCGACUCUUGGAUUUGUUGGCACCUUUUGGAUCCUGCACAGAAAGAAUACGCCGAGAAUGGCGGACUUCAUAUCACUGAUCCAACAAACGCAUCCCGCACGUUGCUCCUUUCACUUUCUGAUCUCAAGUGGCACCCACCACUUCUCGAAUUUUUCGAAUUACGACCAUCCAUUCUCCCCAAACUCGUCUCUUCUUCGCAAAUUUAUGGCCAUCUCUCUUCUACGGAGCUCAAGGGCGUCAGCGUGGCUGGGAUUGCCGGUGAUCAACAGGCUGCCCUCGUCGGCAACAAAUGCCUCCAGAAAGGAGAGGCAAAAUGCACAUAUGGAACCGGUGCAUUCCUGCUUUUCUGUACCGGCAACGACGUUGUCAGAAGCCGACACGGGCUUCUAACCACUGUCGCAUUUCAGCCGGGGGAGGGCACAAAGCCAGUCUAUGCAAUGGAGGGGAGCAUUGCUGUGGCUGGCUCUGCGAUCAAAUGGUUGCGAGACGGCAUCAAGUUAAUCCGCAAGACGGCAGAAGUCAACACAUUGGCCGAAAGCGUAGAGGAUACUGGAGGUGUCGUUUUCGUCACUGCCUUUGGAGGCCUUCUCGCCCCGUAUUGGGACCCGACUGCCGCUGGGAUGAUGAUUGGACUUACUUCGUACACCACUCCGGGACAUAUUGCACGUGCGACUCUAGAAGCCAGUGCGUUUCAAACGCGUGCCAUUCUCGAGAGUAUGCACCUUGAUGCAGAGGAGCAUGAAGAUGCCGACCGCAAGUCGGAGGCCCCAAAGACUGACGCGCCCAAGCAAACAAAGGAAAAGGCUAAGGAGCGCACCAAGGAUACUGAACUCAAGGUGGACGGUGGUAUGACCAACGGCGACCUUGCGAUGCAGAUUCUUGCGGAUCUUGUCGGAUGCGAUAUACUUCGACCGGAGAUGAGAGAGUCGACUGCUCUUGGAGCCGCUCUCCUUGCUGGUUCAGCUAUAAGUCUCCACGGAUGGAACCUUGCCAAACCGGACACGUUUGCACAGGUCAACAGCAGCGGGAAAAGGAUAUUUCGGUCGUCACUUGAGGAUGGCUCGCGCGAGGAACGGUGGCGCAAAUGGCAACGAGCCAUUGAGCGCUCUCGAGGGUGGGAUGAGAAUAAGGAGGAGUAG